CCUACAGCACGCCGAGGCUCUUUGCAGCGCUGCGGCCGACGUCUGCUGCUAGGCUGAGCUCAGGCCGUUGACCCUGGCCCAGUGCGCGCUGUUGCUGUUGUCUUUAGAGAGCUUCCCCCUGCAUGCGGAGGAGCCAUUGCCGGCUCUGAACCGGGUUCUCGCGUCUUUUCCGCGGUGAAAGACUGUGCAGUCUUGAAAAGGGCAGCGGGAUGCCCUUGGAUCUUUCCGACGACGCUGCGAGGGACUGGGACCCCAGAGGCUCCUCAGGAUGGCACAGCCUUUACAAUGCUUGAUUCUGGGAAUUGCCUGGCCGUCCAGGGGUUGGGACUCCGCGCUUGCAUUGCCGAGAACGCGGGUUCAAUCCCUGGUUGGGGAGCUAAGAUUCCGCCAAGCCGCGGGGUGCAGCCAAAUAAAAACAAAAAAAACCCGCUCGAAUCUGCCGCCUCCUCGCCACCCCUCCCCGCCCAUUAAAAAUAACUCCUUGCCUUUUUUUUUUUUUUUUUUUUUUUAAUGCUCUGAGCGCUUGACUUUGCCUAACACCCCUCUGUGGGCGGUGACUUUACUGACUUGUCACAGAGUGUAGAGCCGCGAAGGAAUUUCGCAGACCCUUUAGCCAGUUUUCCUCUCAGUUUCUGAGGCCAGGACAAAGAUGUCCCCUCUUUCUUUCCUCAGGUGUGUACAGGUGCUUCGUGCUCCCACUCCCCAACGUUGCUGCUGGCUUGGAGAGGCAUCUCAGGGCUGCCUGUGCUCUGAUGUUUCUUGGUUGAAGCAGCACAUGGAGCUCCCAGAUUCCUUGAAGGAGCAGACGCACCUGAAAGAAUGGCACAUAAGCAAUACCCUGAUUCAGAUCAUUCCUAAGUAUAUCGAGCUGUUUCAAGCCAUGAGGAUUCUGGAUCUGCCAAAAAACCAAAUCUCCUGUCUUCCAGCUGAAAUUGGUCAUUUGAAGAACCUGAAGGAACUCAAUGUACGUUUCAACCGUCUGAAGAGCAUUCCUCCAGAACUGGGAGACUGUGAAAAUCUAGAGAAACUGGAUUGUUUUGGAAAUCUAGAAUUAACUGAGCUCCCCUUUGAAUUAAGUAAUUUGAAGCAAGUUUCAUUCAUAGAUAUCUCAGCAAACAAGUUUUCCAGUGUCCCGAUCUGUGUCCUGCGGAUGUCUAAUUUGCAGUGGUUGGAUAUCAGCAACAAUAACCUGAAUGACCUGCCACAAGACAUAGACAGGCUACAAGAACUGCAGACCUUGCUCCUGUAUAAGAACAAGCUGACCUAUCUUCCUUUUGCCUUGCUUAACUUAAAGAAGCUCACCUUGUUAGUCGUCAGCGGGGACCACUUGGUGGAGCUCCCGACAGCCCUUUGUGACUCAUCCACACCUUUAAAAUUUGUAAGUCUUAUGGACAAUCCUAUUGAGAAUACCCAGUGUCAAGAUGGUAAUGAAACGAUGGAAAGUGAACAAGAUCGCCAACAUUUUGAUAAAGAAUUUAUGAAAGCCUAUAUUGAAGAUCUUAAAGAAAGAGAAUCUCUUCCCAGCUACACCACUAAAGUAUCUUUCAGCCUUCAGCUUUGAUGCCAUCCAUCAGAAGACUACAGAAUUUUCCUGACCUGUGGACCUGUAAAUCUUCCUGUUGUGGGUCAUGUCAUAGAGGAAUAAUGGCUUGUGCUUAAAGACAAAGUCUAGAAACCACGGUCAUAGUUGUUAGGAAAGAUGAUUUUCAAAUUUCAAAUAUGUGAGUACCUCUCUCUGUGGACUGGAGAAUUGAUAAAUGGGUUUAUAUAUUGAUAUUUAAAGGUUCAUUUGCAUACACUUGUUUCCAAAUAAUGCACAUUCAAUAUUUUAGAAAAUGUGUUAUUUUUUAAAAAUUAUCACUUAAAGACCAAAUUUUGAAGUUGAUUGCAUUGUUUUCAGGAAUCUGGAGAUAAAGGGAUGGUGAGAAGAAUAUUUAUACUGGACUAGUCAGAUGAGACUUUAUUUUAUUUUGUUAUUUUGAAAGAGUUUUAAUGCAUUAUUUCUUUUACUGAGGACAGUUUUCCUUGGGUUUAUACAAAUGGCUAUUUUCAUGUUUUAAGUUAUAUUUUACAAGUGUAGGCUUUUAGGAAAGACUUUAGUUAUAAUCUGGACCUUGAAGGCAGAAAGAAGGGCUGGAUUGUCUGUCCAGGCAUGGGGCUUAGAUGGUGUGCUGGUGGCCCUAGUGGAGUAAGUGUGGGCCUGGCUGGUCCUGGGAAGCCUUGCGUGGCCUGCAUGGAUGGUCAGCCUGCCUUGAGUGGGCCUGGCUGGUCCUGGGAAGCCUUGCGUGGCCUGCAUGGGUGGUCAGCCUGCCUUGAGUGGGCCCUUUGGGGGUCCUGGGAGGCCUUGCGUGGCCUGCAUGGAUGGUCAGCCUGCCUUGAGUGGGCCUGGCUGGUCCUGGGAAGCCUUGCGUGGCCUGCAUGGGUGGUCAGCCUGCCUUGAGUGGGCCUGGCUGGUCCUGGGAAGCCUUGCGUGGCCUGCAUGGGUGGUCAGCCUGCCUUGAGUGGGCCCUUUGGGGGUCCUGGGAGGCCUUGCGUGGCCUGCAUGGAUGGUCAGCCUGCCUUGAGUGGGCCUGGCUGGUCCUGGGAAGCCUUGCGUGGCCUGCAUGGAUGGUCAACCUGCCUUGAGUGGGCCUGGCUGGUCCUGGGAAGCCUUGCGUGGCCUGCAUGGAUGGUCAGCCUGCCUUGAGUGGGCCCCUUGGGGGUCCUGGGGCGCCUGCCAGAGCACAGAGCAGAGGCCUUGCCUCCAGGGACCUGUCCUCCAAGGUGGCCAUAUAAGUAGUGGGAAUGAGUAGUCCACACUGAUGAGGAGUCCCUAGCAAGGCUUCCCUGCAGGUACCACAGGAGAACUCUGCCUGUGGCCAAGACGCUGCGGUCCAGAGGGAGCUCAGGAGACUGGGUUUACAUUGGCAAAGAAGGUAUUCAUUACAGGGCUUUGAACUUUGAUAUCACAUUGUAGGAUUUGGAGAAAUUGUACAAAUAUCUAUUUUUAUUCUAUUAUCUUGGGCUAAAAUAAACAGGAUUGUGAAUGUGUUGAAGCUAAGUUUAAACAGUAGCUUUUGUGACUAAGACAGAAAAAAUGUAUAUCUUCACAUAUAUUUAUAUAUGAAUCGACUCCUAUAUGGUCUAGCCCAGUGCUGUCCAGUAGAACUUUAUGCAGUGAAGGAAAUGUUCUGCAUCUGUGCUGUCUAAUUUAGUAACCACCAGAUGCAUGUGCUUCUUGAGCUCUUGAACAGUGUCUGGUGUGACUGAAGAACUAAAUUUUUAAUUACAUUUAAAUUUAAAUAGCCAAAUGUAGCUACCAUAUUGUACAACAGGGUCGAGCCAUUUGGGUUUUUCAGAAGUUAAUCUGGUCUAGAAAUGAAGAGUGAUUUUCAUUUUCUUAUCUGAAGAACCAGUCUACCCCCAGAGGGGUUAAUACUGACACCCAAUAUUUUGUCUUAAUAGGUUUAAUCAUAACUCUAAAUAUUUUAUCCUCAACAGACAUAAAGCAGGCAGAACAGUCUAAAGCCACAUAGUAACGCUUCAGUAGAGUACUGCUUCAACUUAAAGACAAACUCUGAGAAGUAGGUUAAGAGAUGGAAAGAGUAGGAAAAUGAGAAAUCACUUUAACUGAACCUCAAACAAUUGUAUUUUUCUUUAUAACACUUUACAAAUAUAAUGCAGAUUUAUUAGUUGUACUACGUGAAUGAUUUUGGAAUUUUAUUUCAUGCUACAGUAUAUGUUACAUACAGCCAAAUGGAAAAUAUAUCUGAAAAGGGAGGAAAUGAGGGCUUUCGCAUAAAUUGACUGUCCAUAACUCAUGUAAAAUUUAUUUCAAUAAAACCAGUCUUUUGUGCAAAAACCUUAUCUCGAUGUUACAUAAAAAUAACUGAAAAAGUACUACAUUGAUAUAUAAUUAUUUCAUGUUACAUAACAUCCCCAAAGAAAUAUAUUUUUUAAAUAUGAGGCUUGUAGAAAUACUAUUUACCUUAUUCAUAUUAAUGUAAAAAUGCAGAAAGAUUCUAAAGUAGAAUAAGCAUCUUAGUGGAAAUAAUAGAGAUUUGAACAUUUUGCAUGAUGCCUAUGGACUGAUUCAUAAUUUGGAAAAGUAAUUUGCAUAGUAGAAUAUAUGUAUGAACAUUAAAGCAAUAUGAAUGAAAGAAAAUAUAAUUCUUAGGAGAAAAAUG